ACGGUAUUAUGCCUCGUCGAAAGGCCACUGAUGGUCCGGCUCCUCCGAAGCAGCCCAGAACGCGGCGGAAGAAGGCAGUACCGGAAGAGCCUAAACCAGAAGUUUAUGAUCCAAUGAGUAGUUAUGGGAUGGACGGCAUGGAUCCAAACAUGUAUGGCCAUCAUCCAGAUUAUGGUUACGGAAAUUAUGGGCAUCCACCUCCAUUUGCUGGCCCAGAAAGCUCUAAUAGCCAUUAUGGAAUGCCACCAUCACAAGGAACAAAUUCCCAAAAUAAUAUGAUGAUGAGAUCUCAAGCGACUGAACCACAACCAAUUGGAAAUACUGUUAGUCCCCUCGAAUUUCGGAUACACGAUAUGAAUAGAAGGCUAUAUAUCUUUAGUUCAACAGGGGUAUCUGAAAAUGAUCAACAGCAAUGGUGGGAUGCGUUCUCGCACGAAUUCUUCGAUGAUGACUGCAAACUCUGGUUUGUCAUUGGAUCCGAACCCGUUGCAUUUGCAAGUCGGGAAAGAUAUAUUAUUAACCGUCAAUUCAUUCCCAAAUUCUUCCGAUCAAUUUUUGAUAGUGGAAUGCGAGAACUUCAAUACGUACUUCGUGGACCUUCUAGAGAAUGUACAUUAGCCAAUGGUUCACAGGCUUAUGAAAAUGAGAACGUGUUACAAAUCACUAGAUACGAUCAGUCAAGUCAAUUCGAAGUGAAUACCGAGGGAAAGUUGUACGUUGAAUUUGCACCAUUUGAUGAAGUUAUGAAUUAUCGGAUAAAAGCUUGGACAUUGGAGUUGAAGAGAUCCAAUGAAUUUGUGUACAAUCAAAAUACAGCUGAUUACCGAGUUGAAGCACAAAACCCGGAACAAGAGAAUAAGCCAAGAAUGGGAUUUUUUAAGUCCACGUUUAACUUGAUGACAAUGCUCAAAAUCCUCGAUCCAAUGCAGUCUAUCAUGAGCUCAGCAAAAUCUGCACCGGCUAUUACACCCCGGGAAGUCAUGAAACGGACACUUUUUCAACAUCACCAAGUACGGCAGCAAAAUAUGCGACAGCAACAACUAAAUCAACAAAUGAUGAUACCAGCGCCAGAACCUGAGAAACCAAAGCCGGCAAGGAAACGUCAACGAAAGCCAGCUGCAAAUCCUCGUGGAAGCAAAAAAGCUACAGCUGCAGCGGCCGCAGCAGCUGCAGCAGCCACCAAUGGCGUACCGCCAACAGUUCCAACAGCAAGUCCCGCAAACAACCAACAAUUCCCACCAAAUCCCAUGACUUCUCAGUUUCAACAAAUGUCCUACCCGGAUGUGAUGGUAGUUGGUGAGCCAUCGAUGAUGGGAAGCGAGUUUGGAGAGAACGACGAGAGAACCAUUUCCCGAGUCGAGAACUCCCAAUAUGAUCCGAAUGCAAUGCAGAUGCAAUCCCUCGGCCAGGGGCCAAACUCAUCAAUGAAUAUCAAUGGUCGAAAUAUGAUGAAUCAGCAUCAUCCAGGAAUGCAACCACCUCCAGGCCAACAACACAUGCCGCCACAUUCCAUGGGCAGUCAGAUGCCAACAUCUAUGCACAAUCCGAUGCACAUGCCUCCUGGAUCCAUGCAAGGACACGGUGGCAUGCCACCAAUGCCUAGCACAAUGGCGAAUCAGAUGCCACCGCCUAAUUUGCCACCUCACACAAUGUCUAAUCAGAUGCCGAAUAGUCGGAUGCCACCAAUGCAAGGACAAAUGCCACCAUCCGGAAUGCCUGGUCAGAUGUCAAAUCCAAAUAUGAUGGGAAGUGGUAUGCCACCGAUGUCAAUGUCUAGUCAGAUGCCGGGUUCUAUGUCAAACCCUAUGCCGAAUCAAAUGCCUGGUGGAAUGCAAAUGAAUCAAAUGCCGCCGCCCAACUAUUCACAAUAUACUGGCGGACCUCCACCGCAGUGGCCUCCGCCUAACUCAGCGAUGAUUACAGGAUAAAUUAAGGUUUUUCAAUUCAACUCACCGAAUGUGCCCCUCUCUCUUCUCCUCUACUACCGAGUGUGUUCUGAUGCAACGAAAUCAUGACAGGCCACGAAACAAAUCAAUUUAUUCCGUCUCCUAUUUCCAGUCCACUCAAAACACUGAAACAGCAAAUACAAAGUUCACUUUCACUUGAAUAGAUUACUACAGUUCUCAAUUGUCAUAUUACACAAGUCCGUUAAAAAAUGUAUUCUCAUGUCAUUUGAUUAUUUCAUUCAUUUUUAUCUGUAAAGGCGUACCACACAAUCCCUCCUCUCUCCAAACAUGAAAUAGUCAUUGCUACUUUGAUAUUGUGAUUUCCAAUCUUCCUCAAAAGCCUCAAUACGUCCAUUAACGACAAUCAAAAGAACACCCUUUUGUGUUCAUUCUAUACAAUAUAAAUACAUACACAUUUCUUCUCAAUUUCGAUUGCUGAAGAUCUCAAAAUUCUCUGUUUUAUCUAUAUUUACUCGCUUUGCUCUACAAUCAUUGUUUUCCUAGUGUGUCAAAAAAAAUUAUUCACAAAAAUAAAUAAAUAAAUUUUUUCCAAUCUGC